UUUAGAAGCCAAACUUUACUCAAUUCAGAAUUGUGUUUCUCUUUAGAGAUGGCUCAAUUAUUCCUCAUUCUCUCCUUAAUUCUAACUCAUUUUUUUGCCAUUGCGACUUCUUUAAACGAUCAAGGUCUUGCUCUUCUUUCCUUUAAACAAUCCUUACAAAACCAGAGUAGUGACUCUGUUUUUACCAAUUGGAACUCUUCAGAUUCAAACCCUUGUUUUUGGUUAGGUAUUACAUGUAAUGAUGAGCUGAGAGUUGUUUCGAUUCGUCUUCCUAAUAAACGUCUUUCGGGUUUUCUUCAUCCAUCCAUUGGAAGUCUCUUGUCGCUUCGUCACAUUAACCUUAGAGAGAAUGAGUUUCAAGGGGAGUUACCUGUGGAACUAUAUGGACUUAAAGGGCUUCAAAGCUUGGUGCUGUCCGGGAAUUCUUUUUCCGGGUUGGUUCCUGAAGAGAUUGGGAGGUUGAAGAGUCUAAUGACAUUGGAUCUUUCGGAGAAUUCUUUCAACGGUUCGAUCCCUUUGUCGCUUAUUCGAUGCAAGAAGCUGAAAACACUUGUUCUUAGCAAGAAUGGUUUCUCUGGAGCUCUUCCAACCGGUGGUCCGAUACCAAAAUCCAACGUUUUGUUGAAUGCCGGUCCAAAUGCUUUCCAAGGGAACCCUUUCCUUUGCGGAUUACCGAUAAAAGUUUCUUGCACCACAAGAAACACACAAGUAGUUCCUUCUCAACUAUAUACAAGAAGAGCCAGUCAUCAUUCUAGACUCUGCAUCAUCCUUACAGCCACUGGAGGCACAGUCGCCGGAAUCAUUUUUCUUGCUUCGUUGUUCAUCUACUAUCUUCGAAAAGCAUCAGCUCGUGCAAUCAAAGAUGAGAACAACCACACAGAAGAGAAACUGAAAAAGACAAAGCCAGAGUUUUUAUGUUUCAAGACUGGGAAUUCAGAAUCUGAAGCGCUAGAGAACAAAAGUCAACAAGUUUUCAUGCCAAUGGACCCGGAAAUCGAAUUUGACCUGGACCAGCUUCUGAAAGCCUCGGCUUUUCUUCUAGGGAAGAGCAGGAUUGGGCUUGUGUACAAGGUUGUUCUUGAAAACGGGUUAAUGUUAGCCGUUAGACGAUUGGAAGAUAGAGGUUGGCUAAGGCUCAAAGAGUUUCUAGCUGAUGUCGAAGCAAUGGCGAAAAUCAAGCACCCGAAUGUCUUGAAUCUCAAGGCUUGUUGCUGGUCUCCAGAAGAGAAACUCCUGAUCUAUGAUUACAUACCAAAUGGUGACCUUGGUUCUGCAAUUCAAGGUAGACCUGGUAGCGUGUCUUGCAAGCAACUAACUUGGCCGGUCCGGUUAAGAAUAUUAAGAGGAAUCGCAAAAGGAUUAACUUACAUUCACGAGUUUAGUCCCAAAAGAUACGUCCAUGGACAUAUAAACUCAAGCAACAUACUUCUCGGACCGAAUCUAGAACCGAAAGUAUCCGGUUUCGGUCUAGGUCGUAUCGUCGACACAUCUUCAGAGAUCAGAUCAGACCAAAUCUCUCCAAUGGAAACAAGCUCACCAAUCGUCUCUAGAGAAUCAUAUUACCAAGCUCCUGAAGCAGCUUCAAAGAUGACUAAACCGUCUCAAAAAUGGGACGUGUAUUCAUUCGGUUUAGUGAUACUCGAAUUGGUAACCGGAAAAUCUCCGGUUAAUUCAGAGAUGGAUUUAGUUAUGUGGGUUGAAUCGGCUAGUGAGAGAAAUAAACCGGUUUGGUAUGUUCUUGAUCCGGUUUUAGCUCGUGAUAGAGAUUUGGAGGAGAGUAUGGUUCAAGUGAUCAAAAUCGGUUUAGCUUGUGUGCAGAAGAACCCAGAUAAAAGACCACUCAUGAGAAAUGUCUACGAGAGCUUCGAGAAAUUGGUUUCUUCGAUUUAAUUAUUAUUAAUUAAUGAUAAAUUUUAUG